GCAGUAGCAGCAGCAGCAGCGGUGGCUCAUCGGCAUCGACAUCGACAGCAGCAGCAAUCAUGAGCGAUCGGGAUCGAGCGUCACCGACGUUGAUCGAGACGGGAUUAAAGACGUUGAUAGGUGGCCGCGAUAGCAAUUAUCCGCUGAUAAGCGGGACGAAUGUUUUUCUAUUUUCAGGUAAAACAAGCAAUAACAAAGAUAUCUGCGGCGAGGACAAACACAAAGAGGAGAACGAUCCAUGGAACGUCGAAACACACUCCGCGUUCCUCGGCCCGAACCUGUGGGACAAAACCCUGCCCUAUGACUCUGAUCUCAAAGUGCAUCAGUAUGCUGACCUGGACGAGUUUCUCUCGGAAAAUGGCAUUCCGUACGAUGGAAUACCGAACAGUAAUCUGGGCAACUCGACCAGCCUGACCGGCCAGCGGUCGGACAGCAUCGGCCACUGUGCCGGGCUGUCGCUGUCCGGUCUCGGGCAGGUGACCACCAAACGUGAACGAUCGCCCUCGCCAUCGGAUUGCAUGAGCCCGGAAACGAUGAACCCACCGUCACCGGCCGAUUCAACGUUCUCGAUGUCGUCCACCCGUGACUUUGAUCCGCGAACGCGCGCCUUCUCGGACGAGGAGCUAAAGCCGCAACCGAUGAUCAAGAAGUCCCGCAAACAGUUCGUACCGGACGAGAUGAAGGACGACAAGUACUGGGCGCGCCGUCGAAAGAACAAUAUGGCGGCGAAGCGUUCCCGUGACGCCCGUCGCAUGAAAGAAAACCAAAUCGCGCUCCGUGCUGGUUACCUGGAAAAAGAGAACAUGAACCUACAUCGAGAGGUGGAACAGCUGAAGCAGGAAAACAUGGAACUGCGCGCCCGGUUGUCCAAAUACCAGGAGGUAUAAUCUUAGCCCAUCCCGAUGCAACAAUCCACGCUACUUCUACUUCUAGUACUACUGUUACCACUACGACUACUCCUAACUACUAUUGCUACUACU